CCUGAUCUUAUUUUAGUAAGCAAAAUGCAGAGCAAGAGUAGAGUCACCCAUAGUGCUGCCAUGUUCGCGCUGUUUAGCCUGAUGUUAUUAACAAAUGGAGUAAACGCGCUUAUAAGCAGUAAUGGGUUGAGCAACUAUUCGUUUCCAGACAAUUUUAUUUUUGGAGUAGCGACGGCUGCAUUUCAAAUAGAAGGAGGUUGGAAUGAGGGUGGUAAAGGUGAAAGCAUGUGGGAUACAUAUUUACACAAACACCCUAAAUUCACGGUGGACCAAUCGAACGGAGACGUGGCCGCCGAUUCAUAUCACAAAUACAAACAAGAUUUAAUAAUGAUCAAGUCAAUCGAAGUAAAAUAUUACCGACUUUCAAUAUCAUGGCCAAGAAUAUUACCACAUGGAACUGACAACUACAUCAGCAAAGAUGGAGUUAGAUACUAUCGAAAGCUUUUCGAAGAACUAAUAAAAGCCAAUAUAACUCCCGUUGUGACACUGUAUCAUUGGGAUAUGCCAACAGCUCUAAUGGAUUUAGGUGGAUGGACUAAUCCCAAAAUGGUGGAUUACUUUGAGGACUACGCGAGAGUAGCGUUCACACUGUUCGGAGAUAUUGUAAAAACGUGGACCACUAUGAACGAAUUGCAUCAACAUUGCUUUAACGGCUAUGGCGGUAAUUUUUUCGUCCCUGCCCUAAAAUCACAUGGUGUUGGUGCAUAUUUAUGUUCACAUUACAUGCUGUUGGCGCACGCACGAGCUUAUCGGUUGUAUGACAAGCAAUUUAGACCACAUCAGAAAGGAAAAGUUGGUAUAACUUUAGACGCAUUUUGGGCUGAACCUAAAGAUUAUAAUAAAGAGGAAGAUCAUGAAGCAGCAGAACGGUAUCUUCAGAUGCAUGUGGGUUUAUUCGCUCAUCCAAUUUAUUCAGACGAAGGAGACUAUCCUCUUCUCGUUCGAAACAGGAUUGAUGAUAUGAGCCGCAAUCAAGGUUUUGCCAGAUCUCGAUUACCAUUUUUUACCCCUGAAGAAGUGGCCAUGGUUCGAGGUAGUUCAGAUUUCUUUGGCAUCAAUCACUACACCACAUACUUAAUGUCAAACUCAUCUAUGGAACCUGAAUGGGUUAUUCCCUCUGUGGACCAUGACACGGGAGUAAAAAUUGAACAGAGCAAAGAAUGGCCUAUACCAGGCGCCGAAUGGCUCUCAGUUUAUCCCCCCGGAUUUCGAAAACUCAUUAAUUGGAUAACCAAGAGUUAUGGUAAAAGAGUGCCUAUCAUUGUAACAGAAAAUGGGGUAUCGGAUUUCGGUGGUAAGAACGAUUACUCUCGAGUGUCAUAUUUUAAUAACUAUUUGGAACAACUUUUAUUGGCGAUUCACGAAGACGGUUGUAAUGUAUCCGGAUACUUCGCAUGGACUUUAAUGGACGAUUUUGAAUGGAACGAUGGAUACAAGGUAAAAUUUGGUCUAUUUCACGUGGACUUCAACAGCCCGGGUAAAGAAAGGACUCCAAAAUUAUCAGCGCUCAACUAUGGCGAAAUAGUUCGCACGAGGCGAGUCAAUUUCAACUACAUAAAGAUGCCAUCGUAUAAAUAUAAUACUCUAUUGUAACUCCAAAAUCAUAAUAUUACACUUUGUUAUUAUAUUUUGUAAAUAAUGUAUAAAAAUAGCUGUAUAAGUAUUUAAUUUGUUGUUGAAGUUGUGAUCAAUUAAAUGUAAACUGGCAUUCCUCGUUGAA